AACACGGAUUGCGUCUGUGUAGCUUUCCGUCGACACAGGGUUUAUUUGUUGAAGACAAUAAUAAGUGUCAUAUUUACAUUAACAUCGCAUUUACCGUACAGAGGUAGUGUUUUUUAACGGUUUAACAAUGUUGCAUUCGUGUUGACAAACUAGUUUCACACACCUGCACGGUUUCAAUUGGGUAGCGGAGCGAGCUGAGUUAAAACUGGCGUCAUCAGUCUAACGCUAACGUUAGCUAGCUAACAGCCAACCUCUUAAAUUAGCUAAAACGUGUUGGCUAACGCUUACUUCCCCGAGCAUGGAGCUAGAUAUUCGGCAGUAUCUCAACACGGCAAAGGAGCAACAAGACUCUGGAGCUCUACAGUCAGCCUAUCGUUUAAUAAACGACAUGACAGCAGCUGGAGCCAGAGGACCAGCUCCUGGCAGUGCCUCAGAGCUGUACGUUGUAUGUGCAGAAGCAGCUGUACAGCUUGGUUGUUUAGAGAUAAGUACAGCGUGUCUAAAGAUGUACUUUGAAGGGAAUCCGCCGGCGAAUCAAUUUUUGUGUCGAGCCUACCUCUGCCAGGUCCGGCUGAAGUCUCCGCCACCCCCUGGGAGCUUGGAGAACUUAGAAGAGGCUGUGCUGUAUUUUCUUAAAGCAAUUGAAAUCGCAAAGCAUGAAUCAAGAGACUACUUCAUAGUGUUCAACGCUUCAGUGCUGUACUUCCAGACGGUGUGUCUUUUCCUGCAGCCGGGGUGGUGCUCCCACCUCGUUCCCUCCCUCAGGCAGGUGGUCCGGAGUCUGGAGGAGGUGGCAGAGCAGGACCACAUCUGGAGGGCUGAACUCAUGAUGCAUCUUAUUGGAUGUAUUGUUGACACUGGAAUAAUAGAAGAUGCUGCAAGUUUUGCCAAAGAGACAGAAGAAUUCAUCAAGGCACAUACCCCCCAUCUUUAUCCAAGAAUCUUUAAGUUACUGGUACAACACAGGCUGACACAUGCUGAUGACCUCAUUGAAACAAGCACACAGAGCACUACCUUAGCAGUCAUCUACAAAAUACAGGAAUUUAAAAACAGGUUGGAAGAAAUAAAUGUGGAUGAGCCAACAAAGGAGGAGCUCGAGCUGAUUCUUCAUAUCCUGAUGGAUUGUACCAAAUAUUCUCGCUCGCCACUGAUCUCCGGUCAGGGCCAAACACCCGUCCAACCAGCAGACAGGGUUGCUUUCCUCCUGGAGUUGGCUCUGCUGGCCUUACAAGUGAAGCAUCAGGAAGUCGCUGCUGAGUGUCUGAAAGAGCUGAAGUCGGCGGGAGAGGCUAGUAUCGGCCAACUCAUACUAAUUGAAUGUGUCAACUGUGAGUUCAACCUCUUGAAGAGAGAAGCCAAGAUGAAUGACUAUUCCAAAGCCAGUGUGGAGGCCCGGCUGAGGGAGAUAGGCAAGCUGGAUCAGUGUCUGCAGACUGCAGUGAGGGGGGGAGACCUGCAGGCCAUGCAGGCAGUGUGUGUUACCCAGUGGAGCUGCUGUCUGCCCCUCCUGCAGCACAACCUCAAGAAACGCAUACAGAGCCCUCUGCUCAGGGUCUCCCAUGUUCUGGAAGACAUGCAAAGUAUGUUGCUGGAGAUGCGCUGUCAGGUCCACUCAGAGCUGGCGGUGAUUGAAGAGGAGGACGGGCGCCUUGAGGCUUCUUUGACUCAUCUUCAGAAAGCCAUGCUGCUGGAUAACGGGACACAACAACAACGCCUGUCGUCAGCUGUCCGCCUCCUGCAGCUCAGAGGGACCCUCUACCAGACGCCCUCCCGGGCCGAGGAUAAAGCCGCUAUGCUUAUGCAGCAGGCCAGGGACAUGCAGCUCCAAGACAGGACAGACGUUCGUCCCAUCCUGGUCGCUGUGGGUCUCCUUUUGGCCCCUGAUGAUUUCCAGAUAGUGCUGGAUGCUGACAACACUUCCAAAAUUCCCUCGGGCUGCGUUGGAUCUGGAGCAGUGGCUCAGCUCUGUGCUAAGGCUCAGCAUCACUCAACAUCUGUGAGGAAGGUGGACAGAUACCUGGCCAGACAAGGAGAUGACACAAACAACACAGAGAGGGUAAAGUUGUGGGCUACACUGGUGAAGACGGCCAGGAAACAGGACGUUUGGGAUGUGUGCCGAGCUGCUUGUCGAUUCUGUUUGCUUUACGACGAUGGGAGAUGGAAGAUUUCCAAGACUCACAAAUGUAGAUGCUCCGAGGAAGAAAGCUGUGCAGAAUGUCUUCAAGGUUGUAAUAGAAGCCAAACAUGCGUGAGGGACUUGCUGCGCCUGUUGGCUGAUAUCCACUUCAUCAGUGCCGAGGCCAGUGUCCAGAAGCUGCUAGCAGAGGGGGGGCAGCUGAACAGCCCUGUGGUUCCCGCAGUGGACAGUGAGACGAGUCUGUCUGAAGAGGAUCCACACUGUGUUGUUUACAGAGACUGGAUCCAGGCUCUUUCUGCCUACGCCACCUCCAGCUUCUUGCGGGCAGCGGAGCUCGGGGCAGAGAUGAGGGAGCCGUGGGUGGUAGCGAACGCAGCCGUUUACCUGUGGAACUACAGCAGCCACUUGUUGGCAGCUGGGGAAUACCGUCGCCUGCUUCCCACCUUCCAUACCUUGGUGGCCAUUCUCCAGAAGACAGAGUUCACCAGGAAUGGUGCUCUAUUUGUGCUGCUGUGUGAUGCCGUAGCCCGGGGACUGAUUCAGCCUCUGUGCGGACCUGACAGCAUCGAGCCAGCCCCGCCGGCAGACAGGAGCAAAAACAGACCUGAGAAAGGGAUGGAGAAGGCUGCCAGCGGCCAGGGGGUCUUCUUAGACCCUGUUGCCCUUCAGGAUGUUCGCAAGGCAUUAGAGCUGUGUGACUAUGCCCUCAGCAUAUCCACCUGCAAUACCCCAGGGAAGACCGUCCCCAUCGCAGCAAGGAAACAGGUGGUGGCCACAUGGGUUCAGGUCAAGAGGCUGUUGCAGCAGAAUAUCGGCACAAAAGUCGACACUAAAGAUGAGUGUGAGAAUGAGGAAGUGUCCGCCAUGACGCGAGUGCUGGUUGCAGUGGAGAUGCUCCAGUGCAACAGGAACCCGAGGCAUAUGGAGUUCUCUGUUCCCAGCCUCUCCACAGUAUGCGCUUCUUCUCUCGUCAUGUUUUCCUACA